AAAAAAUUCAUGUUUAUUUAAUAACCACCCUCCAGACAACCCUAUCUACAACCAAAAUUGCCUUUCCAAUAAUAAUUCCAUCAAAAUAAUUUUAUACAGCAAGUAAAAACAAAUAGAAACCCAUUAGCAUUUUGCACCUUAGAUUAAACAAUAAUUUGUCGGUCAAAAUCAAUACAAACCUGAUUUGAUGUCCAGUAUUCCUUUUGCUAAAUCAAUUUAGUAUGAAGUCCCAAAAUAAAAUGAACAAGCUCACAAUAACAAUUAAGAUCAAAAGUAUAUCCAAUGAUAUUCUUCUAGAAAGCAUUCCUCAGAAAUGGUAUAGUUAAUUAAGGAGAGUUAAGAGCUAAAAAAAAACAUAAACGAAAAAGAUCAGGAAAUCUAGAAAUGCAAAUAAAACAUAGAUAGGCUUGAAUAAUUAAUAGAUUACUUAGAAAAACAAUAAAAGGAAGCUUAAAAAGAGUAAUGAGAUUCAAAUGAUAAUCUAAAUAUGAUUUUUUAUAAAUCAAAGCAC